CCUCGCUCGGCCGGUGCCUGGGGCUGCGUGUGCUGCGGCCCUUCCCGGGGGCAGAGAGAGGAUCCCAGCGCGCCGGGACGGACACCCGGACCCGGUGGCGCCCGAGGGAGAGCCGGUCCCUCCUCGAAGGCGCCCCGAGGCGGCGGGGCCCGGUGGCCGCUCCCCCCCCGCCGGCACCGGCGGCCGCAGGGAGCCCCCGCCGGCAGCCCGGGUCACGUGCGCGGGCCGUAAUCCCGGCGCGGGGCUGUCGUUACCGGGGGAAGGGGGGCGGCGGGAGGAGGGGCUGCCGCCCAUCCCAUGAGGGCUGAGGCCGGGCGCGCGGCCGGCUGCGGGCGCCGGAGCCGCGGGCGCCGCUGCGGGGGCUGCGGGCGCGGCCAUGGCCUGGCCCUGCAUCAGCCGGGUGUGCUGCCUGGCCCGCUUCUGGAGCCAGCUGGACAAGUCCGACCUCUCCGUGCCGCUCACCAUCCACAACUACUCGGACAUCGAGGAGCAGGAGGACGGGGCGACCCAGCGCGGCGGGCCCCCGCCGCGGGGCAGCGCCCGGCCGCCCGCCCCGGCCUCCCGCCCGCGGGACCCCGCCGCCGGGAAGGCGGGCGGCCGCAGGAAGGGCCGGGCGGUCGCCGCGGGAGAGCCCUUCGCGGCGGAGACCCAGUACCGGCGGGACUUCAGAGCGUGGCCCCUCCCGAGGAGGGACGCCUUCCCCUGGGUCAGCGCCAGCAGCGGCGGGAGGGACGGGGCCGCCCCCCAGCCCGCCCCGGGCCGCGCCGUCUGCGCCCUGCCCGGCGGCGGCCCCGAGCAGCUCCGGCCCCGCUCGCCGGCGGACGGCGGCCACACCACCUCCUACAGGCAAGAGUAUCGCCCAUGGACUGGAGCAAAACCAUCCAAGCCUAUAAAGACAAAGCAAGGCUUCAUUAUCCCAGAAGACCGUUUCGUUCAAGAGACAAGCUACAAGGCAGAUUUUAAGAUCCCAGAGGUGAAGACCAGGUUCUCCCCCAACCCUUCUGCUGUUUUCCAGGCACCGUCACGGAUCCUCAACGUGUGAACCUGGACGCUCCUCGCACCCAGGCAGCUUAAACGCAGCGUUUCUGUUAAGAUGUAUCACUAUGCAAUUUUCAUGAGGAGUGUUAAGAUCAAAGAACCGGUAUUAUCAAAAGCAGCUCCAGUGAUUAAUGAUAUGCACACACACUUUCUGUUAACACAACAAACCGCAAAGCGCUUGAUUCAGAACUGGUAAAACACGCUGCAAGGAGUGACCUAAUUUUUCACAGGAGCAGGUUCAUUACUAUGCCAGCUGGCAUCACAUUAGGAGAUUGACUCUGGGCAGCAAAGGCAGCAUUGCAGGCAACAUCCCUAUGCUUAACUACACAGGGUGGGAGGGAAAACAAUCACAAGCAGGAUGGAUAAUUAAAACCAAAAAGAGUUUUAUUUAGCAGCACCCUCUAAGUAGGCCAGUGAAAGACAGGGAGUGUCUGGCUGACUUCUGAGCUUCUUGAGGGGUUUUGGAAAUAGCACCUCAAAUGGCAUCACCAGAAAUCAUAGCAUCAAAGGGGCUGGUCUGAACUUCCAGGGUUGUUUUAGAAGCUGGAAGAAGCCAGCACCGUUGAACUCUAAAAUAAAACUGGCACAUGCAGUGUCUUGGGGCUUUAAGGCUGGAAAGCUGGAUGUUUCCAAAAUGGGUGGGCUGAUGCAGGAGCGAGAGGGGACUGAACUUCGGGAGACAGCCCUGACAGCAACUUACCAGCCUGGCUCGAGAGGAUUGCAUGGACGGAGUCAGCUAGGCACCUACCAGGCUCCGGAGGAUCCCAAAUAUUUAUGUAAUUUAUGUAGCUGUUAGGGUGAGUGUAAAUAUUGUAUAUGGAGUUUACCUAAAGCAAUUUGUGAUCCUUUAAUGAAAAGGACAUGCUCAUACUUUUUAAUAAAUAUUAACUCUUUGCAUAUGCAAGGUGGAAAAUAUUGCCUUGAAAUUCCUAAAUUAUUGCCUGUAUAUUGGUAAUGCUAAUGCUAGGAACAACCAGAAGUGAAUGUUACUUAGAAACUCUUCUUAAAGAAAAAUGUAACGUAGAAUGUAAGACAUCCUUAAUUUUAAGAUAGGCCAUUUUAAGUGUCAUUAUUCUAAAGUUGAUUUUUUUAGAUUAGUGUACAUUUAACUUUUGCCGAGGUACACGUUUUAAGAAAACAUUCUUUUAGCCUUUGUUCAUCAUGACUGUAGUGGGUUUACAGUCGCUAUCUCAAUGACUUAUGCAAGAUAAUUAGUCUACUGCUUAUUUCAUGGUUUUGCUAAUUAUUUGGGGGAAAAAAAUGAAAAAUUCUUAGUUUCUGUGUUCAAAACACACAAACAUGUUGGCUAGAAUGAAAGGAAACUACCCUCAGAUGAACAAGUGAGCAGAUAUUCAUUAAUCUGUGAUGAUGGCUUUAACACAGGUGGAUUUUUUUCUUACCUUUCCUAUUAGCUGAAGUUGAAGGCAAAUUCAGUGAACUCUGGGGACUCUGCAAACACGUAUGCAUUGCUGAUAAUUCCCAUUAGAACAGUUUUUGAACUGUUGGCAUGUGGAUCGUAUUUGGUAUACAUGCAGACAGCAUCUUCUCACUGCAUUAUGUGAGAAUUUAACAGUGCUGUUUGGCUGGGACAAGGGAUGGUACUUCCUACACUCAUCCUUGGACCCAGAGGAACCUACAGUAAUUCCAGUGCUUGCCAAAAUAAUUUUUCAGGAGAUGCAUUUUUCAGGAAAUUAAUUUGAAACAUUCAAACUGUACUAAAGGUUUUGCAUGUUAGAUGUUUCUAAGAAUUCAAUCUGCUUGUUUAAACUCUUUAUAAUGUUUUUAACAGUUUCGUUCAAACAAUUUAAGUUCAUUUCAAUACUGGACUUUAUUAACAGCAAAAAAAAAAGGGAAAAAGGAUAAAUUGUCUAUUCAGCCUCUCUUCUUAACUCACUGUAUUUCUUAAAAAAAAUAUCUACCCAGUUCUGAACAAACUGGUAAUAUAAUAAGCUUGUAUUUUAUCAAAUGGACUGAAUUUGAUUUAAUAAAUUAAAAUGUAUUUUG